ACAGGAUACUACCCCGGCCCGAUGGAGCUGGCCACACAGCACGGUCGCGUCGACGACGUCCGGGCAUACCUCCUGAUGGGGGCGGACCGCAACUGCCUGAACGCGUACGGCAUCCGCCCGCUCCGCUGGGCGGUCGCCACGGGCCAGCUGGGGGUCGUGCGACUCCUGCUUGAAGACGAAGCGGACCCGAACCUCCCCGACGAAGACGGCGCGGGGGGCGCGCUCGCCGGCCCAUUCGUGGGGCCGGGCACGGAGACCGAGACGUUCAUCGAGACCCUCCUGGACGCCGGGGCACAAAUCACAUGCAUGGACGCCUUCACGAACCUGUGCCACUCGCGCAAAGCGGCGGAGUACCUCAAAUACGCGCUGGCAAACGGCAGCGCCAGCGCGCUCGGCCGCCUACGGGGCGCCGCAGGGACGACGGUGCUCCACGUCGCGGCGCAGACGGGCGACAAGGCCAUCGUGAACAUCCUGCUCCACGAGACGGAGGGGGUGGCCAUCGACGCGGUCAACGACCACGGCCAGUCGCCGCUGCACCUGGCGCUGCGCGACGGCAACGAGGCGACGGCGCUGGCGCUGAUCGACGCCGGCUGCGCGCUGAAUCUCGCCGACAAUUUCAACCGGGAUGCGCUGGCCCUGGCGAUCGAGAAGGGGUACGUCGAGGUCGUGCGCGCGAUGCUCGACGCGCCCCCCGCGGCCCGGGUGGAUUUCCGGGCCACCCGCAAGUACGGCCAUCGGCCCUCGGCGGAGAUGACCCAUCUCGAGGGCGCGUUUUUGUAUCGCCGGUUCGGCAUUAUGAAGCUGUUGCUUGUCGGGAGGGUGCAUGUCGUCGAUGAGGCGUUGCAGAGGCGGUGUCGCGAGUUGGCGAGGACGGAUCCUACCUAUGGGGAGCUGUGCGAGGAUGUUUCGUUGUUGAUGGGGAGUAGUAUGUUGGGAUUUGAUUCGGAGGAGGUGGAGACGGAGGUGGGGACUGAGGUGGGGACCGAGGUUGGGGAGGAGUGUGAUUGA